AUGGAAACGAAAGAUGCGUUGCUGAUAGUGUGCGAUGCGAGGGAUAGUGAGUUGGGUAUCGGUAUGGAUGAGGAUUCGUUCGUGGAGUGGAUGAACAAGGAGAAGAUCGACGUCGAUAUGCUCGGCUAUUGGAUGCGUAAUGAACGCGUCAGACCGGCCGCUUUAGGGCAUAAUCAGCUCGGUUAUUUCUUGAUGUGGCUGAGUAAUUAUUUUGCAUUGCCAUUCGACAUGAAAGGUGAACGUUAUCGUUCGGUAGAACAUUACGCCUAUCAACGAUUGUUUGAAGCACUUCAUUUGGACGAAAAAUGUGUCGAAAAAAUACGUACAACAGUCAAUCCAAUCGAUGUUCCAGUUGUUGUUGAACGUGUUUUGAAGGGACGUGAGGUGAGUGAUUAUUGUCGAGAUUAUCUUCAUGAAGUACAGAUGAAUACUUUUUGA